CUCAGUUAAGGGGCUAUGAGGUGUCAACACUAGAAGAAAUACUUUGUCCUCUGGCUUGAACAACGUGUGAAAGGUUGUCUCCUCUGGAAGGUUGCUUGAUACUUUGUUUCCUUCUGUCAAUUAAAGGGCCUGCUGUCCUUCCACCUUUAUUCCCUCUUCUAUCUAUAUAUGAUUCUGUUUCGUUAUAAAAGUACUCAAUUCCUACAGGCGGUGGUAAGGCAUCACUCAGAGAGCAGAAUUGCAGCCAAAGAUGAAGAAAUCAGUGCAGUAUAUUUGCACUGUGGUGGGUGUUUUAGGUGUGAUAGCUUUUGUAUUAAGCAUUGCAGCUGAAGUAAAGCAUAACAAGGCUGCAAUCGAAAAGGAUGGGCAUGGCAGAUGCAUAUAUCGAAGGAAACCUGCUUUUGUUUUGGGGUAUAUAGCAGCAUUGGCUCUUCUGAUAGCCCAGAUCAUUAUCAAUGUUGCUGUUUGUUGUUUCUGUUGUCGAAAUCGUACCCCUAAUCGGGCACGCUGGAGGACUACAGUUGCCAUCAUAUGCGCUAUUCUUUCUUGGUUUACCUUUUUAGUUGCCUUCUCCAUGCUUGUGGUUGGAGCUUCUCUAAACAAGAAAAAGGGUGUUGGCUAUUUUUCUACCCACUGUUAUGUUAUAAAGAAGGGUGCCUUCGCAGUAGCAGGAAUUUUGUCUCUGGCCACUGUAGCACUUGGCAUUGUCUCCUAUAUAAUUGCAUCUGCUGUUGAGAGUUUAACUCCUUUGUCACAUCGGAAUCGCAGCAUUGCUAUGACACAAUCACAUUCUGUCCCAUUAAAUCCCCAACCUGUUUUUGUGCCUGAAAUUUUAUACAAUCAAUAAUACAAGAAUACUAUAUACAGUGAUGGCUCAGAACAAGCCACUUAAUCAGCAGAUCAGAGACAAAAUUCAACUUCGAGAUGAUUUCAUUACAAUCGCCUAUAUGUCUAUCAACUAUGUUUUAAGGGUUAAAACAGAUAUUAUUGAGCUGUACACAUAAUUGGAGGCUUGAUUAGAGUAAUUUGCAUGUUAUUGGUAAUGGGCAAUGUACAUGAACAAUCGCCCUAGCUGGACCUGGACUUGAGCCAAUUGGCUAAUAGAAUUCUUACAGUAUUUUAGAACUCAUCAAUUUCCCCUCACAUCGAUUGCCAUUUUUUGGCUUAUGUAUGAAGAUUCUUUAAUGCCUGGUUAUCCUUUUCUACUGUUACAGUGUUAGAAUUGUAUCAAAGUACCUUAUGUAGUUCCCAUAAAUCAUACUUACACAUGAUUCUCAAUUUCUCA